AUGCGUCUUCUCAAAUACGACGAGCAUGGCGAGCUCGAUAUCGUCAACUUCGACGAUCGCGCAGUGCCGCCCUAUGCGAUACUUUCACACACGUGGGGAACUGAUGCGGAGGAAGUGACUUUCGCAGAUAUUAUAACUGGCGGUGGCAAGGCCAAGAAUGGAUAUGAGAAGAUACGUUUCUGUGGACAACAGGCACAGCGGGAUAACUUAAGGUACUUUUGGGUCGAUACGUGCUGCAUCGACAAGACAGACAAGGCUGAAUUAUCCCACGCUAUCCGGUCUAUGUUUCGCUGGUACCAGAAUACAUCGAGAUGCUAUGUGUAUCUACCGGAUGUAUCGACAGGGAGUUGGGAGUUUGGUGAUAUGUCUGCUGAAUCUACUUGGGAACCUGCUUUUAGGUUAAGCCGAUGGUUCACGCGUGGCUGGACACUUCAGGAGCUUCUUGCUCCAAGCACGGUCGAGUUCUUCUCUCAAGAAGGGACGUUACUUGGUGACAAGAUGUCGCUGAAAUCAUUGAUUAAUAAAAUCACUGGCAUCCCAUGCGAAGCAUUCGACGGAGCUGCUCUUUCCCAGUUCAGUAUCGACGAGCGGCUGCGCUGGAAAGGCAGCAGAGAGACCAAGCGCGAAGAGGAUGCAUGGUACUCUUUAUCGGGAAUCCUUGAUGUCGAGAUAGCUCCGGCGUACAGCGAAGGAGCGGCAAGCGCAUUCAAGCGUCUGAUGGACGAGGUCCAUAAAGUAGAGAGAUGUCUCCAAGACAUACGCUGUACGGAUCCCCGUGACGACAAGAAGCGCAUCGAGGACACCAAAGGAGGACUGCUGGCAGAUUCCUAUCGCUGGAUUCUUGACAACGCUGUUUUCCAGCACUGGCAACAAGACCUCGGCGGACUGCUGUGGGUAAAAGGCGAUCCCGGCAAGGGAAAGACAAUGUUACUCUGUGGUAUUAUAGACGAGCUGCAUAGCUCACUGUCUAAGACGUCACUCUUAGCAUACUUUUUCUGCCAAGCAACCGACUCGCGUAUUAAUAGCGCUACAGCAGUACUUCGAGGGCUGUUAUAUAUGCUUAUAAAGCAGCAACCGUCACUCAUAUCGCAUAUCCGCAAGAGGCAUGAUGACGCUGGAAAAGCCUUGCUUGAGGAUGCAAACGCCUGGGUAGCCUUGACAGAGGUCUUUACGGACGUACUACGCGACCCAGGAUUGCGCACUACCUACCUAGUCAUUGACGCAUUAGACGAGUGCGUUACUGACUUACCAAAGCUUCUUGACUUUAUUGCAAGGCAGUCGCCUACGUCUAUGCCUACGCAUUCUUCCCGCAACAAGUGGAUAGUGUCCAGUCGUAAUUGGCCAGACAUUGAAGAACAACUGGGGAAGGCAGAGAGCAACAUACCACUAAGUCUUGAGCUAAAUGCCGACUCCGUGUCCGCAGCUGUUGGUAUCUUUAUCCAGCACAAAGUGUCUCAACUAUCGCAACAGAAGAAAUACGACGAACAGACUCAAGAUGCAGUACUCAAGCGCUUGAUAUCAAAUGCAAACGACACCUUCUUAUGGGUAGCGCUAGUUUGUCAAGAUCUUCAAACGACUGCGAGAAGGAACGUACUCAAAAAGAUAGACUUAUUCCCACCAGGACUAGACGCACUGUAUAAGCGGAUGAUGCAGCAGAUUAGCGUGUCCGACGAUGCCGCACUUUGUAAGCAGGUGUUGGCUUUGAUUGGACUUGUGUAUCGGCCAAUCACGCUGCAGGAACUAGUAGUCCUCGCUGAACCACUCGAAGGUAUAGACGAAAUAGAGCUGCGGGGGAUUAUCGGCCUCUGUGGGUCGUUUCUCACUUUGCGAAAAGACGCAGUCUAUUUUGUGCAUCAGUCUGCUAAAGAUUUUCUCUUUGCAGAAUCGUUUGAUGAAGUCUUUCCUGGUGGGACUGAAGUCGCUCACCAGGUCAUUUUCUCAAGGUCACUUGUCAUUCUUACCACGACAUUGCAGAGGGACAUGUAUAACCUUGAAGCACUGGGAGUUCCUAUUGAGGAGGCUGAUCCGCCUGAUCACGAUCCACUAGCCGCAUCACGCUACCCAUGCGUAUACUGGGUUGAUCAUCUGCACGAAUCAAAACCUCAGUUUGACGGAAAAAGCGUCGGCAACCUGCAAGUUGAAGGAGUAGUUGAUAGAUUCAUAAGAGAGAAGUAUCUCUAUUGGCUAGAAGGGCUUAGUUUGUGCAGGAGUAUAGGAAAAGGUGUGAGUUCGAUGGCAAAAUUGUAUUCUCUGGUCCAGGAGAUGAAGGGCACGGAUGAGCUUACUAAGCUUGUCUACGACGCACGUCGAUUCGUCAUGUAUCACAAAGGGGCAAUUGAGAGCUAUCCCUUACAAACAUACGCAUCUGCUCUGCUAUUCAGUCCGACAGGGAGCAUAAUCAGCAAAAUCUUCCAUCACGAGAAGCCAAAGGGAGUGAGUAUUGAGCCAGUAAUAAGCACUGGGUGGAGUGCGUGCCUACAGACGCUCGAGGGUCAUAUCGUUACUGUCACCUCUAUAGCCUUCUCGCACGACUCGACUAAGUUAGCAUCAGCAUCAAGCGAUAAAACCGUAAAAAUCUGGGAUUUGAGCACCGCCGCGUGUCUGCAGACCUUUGUAGGCCACAAAGGUACUGUCACUUCUAUAAUUUUUUCGCAUAAUUCAACCAAACUAGUAUCAGCAUCAUCCGACAUCACUGUCAAAGUCUGGGAUAUAAGCAGCGGUACAUUUUCAGAGAUCUCCACAGGCCAUCUUAAACGUAUCAACUCUAUAGCUAUCUCACACGACUCAACUCAGCUAGUGUCGGGAUCAGAGGACUGCACUGUCAAACUAUUAGACAUGAGCACCAGCGCAUGCCUGCAUAGUUUUACAGGUCAUAGUGGUGCUGUUAUGUCUGUAGCCCUCUCACACAACUCAACUAGGCUAGCUUCAGCAUCGGCUGACAGGACAAUUAAGCUUUGGGAUAUGAGCGGCAUGUGCCUAUAUACGCUCACAGGCCAUGAAGCUGGUGUAAAGUCUAUAGUCUUCUCGCAUGACUCGAUGAAGCUAGCGUCAGCAUCGAACGAUAAGACCAUCAAGCUAUGGGAUGUAAGCAGCGGCAUGUGCCUACAGACACUCAUCGGCCAUAGUGGUGCUGUUAUAUCUGUAGCCUUCUCGCGUGACUCAACUAAGUUGGCAUCGGCAUCUUACGACUUCACUGUCAAGCUGUGGGAUGCGAACAGUGGCGUCUGUCUACAGACGUUCAAAGGCCAUGGGUUUUACGUUAUAUCAGUAGUCUUUUCGCACGAUGGGAAUCAGCUGGCAUCAGCAUCAAACGACGGGACUAUCAAGCUAUGGGACGUCAGUAGCAGUACAUAUAUUCAGACGGUUACGGACCACAGCCACUAUGUCAUCUCUGUAUCCUUCGUACAUGACUUGACUAGGCUAGUAUCAGCAUCGCGAGAUAACACUGUCAAGCUCUGGGAUGCGAGCCACGGGGUGUGUCUGCAGACGUUUGAAGGGCACAGCGGCUGCGUUUCCUCUGUCGCCUUCUCACACGACUUAACAGAGCUAGCGUCAGCAUCGCAUGACGAUACUAUCAAAAUAUGGGAUGUAAGCAGUGGUGCUUGCCUACAGACACUCACAGGUCAUAGUAGUUAUGUCACAUCUGUUGCCUUCCCACACGAUUCGACUAAGCUAGUAGCAUCGGCGUCAAACGAUAAGACUGCUAAGCUGUGGGAUACCAUAACUGGCGCCUGCUUACAGACGUUUACCGGCCACAAAGGUCAUGUCAGUUUUGUGGGUUUCUUGAACGACUCAACGAAGCUGAGGUCCGUGUCAGACGACAUGACCAUCAGGCUGUGGGAUAUGAGAAGCGGCGCGUGCCUGCACACGUUCGACGCCGGUAUACUCAGUUACGAGCUAUCCGGCAACGCCAUUAACUCAUAUCUCUAUACCAAGACCGGUCCUGUUGUCCUUCGUGGCCCGAUUAGUUCUACGUUCCCAGCUAUGGCGGAACCUGGGCGCUCCAUACGUCCAGGCACAAGCGUUAGCCGAGAUUACACAUGGAUUCAGCAUGAUGGCAAGAACACCCUGUGGAUACCAUCAGAGUAUCGACCGUCGUGUUUUGCGAAGUGCGGGAACAGGGUUGGUGUGGGCACUGGGCCUGGCAGGAUAUGGUUUUGUAGUAUUGAUCUUUGA